GAAACGUUUUGUUCACAUGAAGGGAUAGUAGGGGGGGGUGUGAGGGUGUCUAUUGCACCACGUUGCCCCUGAAUGUUGCAGGGUGAAAGGGUUUAAGUAUAGGGCAGGAGGAGAUACCGAUACCCAGUCGCGUAGUGAAGCGAAGACGACGAGGAUACCAAAGGGGGGAAAAAAUGGAGGAUGUUGGAGUAUAGAUAAGAAAGAGGAGAAAGAGGAGAGGAUGACGAAAGAGAAAGAAGAGAGAAAAGAGGAGAAAGAGAAAGAGGAAGAAAGGAGAGAGAUGGAGGGAGACUUUGAAGUGAUGGAUUGCCAGAGUCAGGAGGAUUAUGGGGCGUAUCUACAGUCUCCCAUAUUGUAUUUCCUUAGAAAUGUCUGUGGUCCGGCAUUGGCCAGGUUAUUUGUUAAGAUUUUUAAGAAGUCAAAGUACGUUACAGAUCGUGUUAAUGUUAAUGGUAAAACCAGCCCUAAUACUAAUGAUCAAAUUAUGGAUAUGAACCUUUAUGAGUUGUUGAGAAAAGUUCACAAUAAAGGCAAAAGGAUUGAAGAGAAGAAGAAAAAUAAGGCUAAUGACUCGCAGAAUUCCUCAGUCUUGAAGACCUUGCACUUAAACAACCUUGGUACCAAUGCCGACAUUUUGGGUAGGGUAAUGGUAAAAGAUCUCCUGGAUGACAACCCAAAUCAAUCCAAGAUAGAAUGGGAUCUGUCGCAAAUCGACGUGACCUUUCUCUUGAAUGUCCUCACAAAUGAAGUCCUUGGUUGCGACUUGGAUCUCGACCCCCUCCAAGUCAUGAAGAGUAUCAGGAACAAGGUUUUCCACUCUGGCUCGGGCACUGACUGCACGGAUAUCAACUUGGACAAGCUUUGCGAAGCAGCCAAAAAGUUGUAUGAGUACUUAGGUGAAUCAGUUGAUAUUGAUGCAAAGAGGGAAGAGUCUCUGAGAUUUUCGCAACGCUUGGACAAGUUGGCCGUUCACAUAAUAGAUGACUUGAGAAAGGAAAUCACUCUGAAGUAUGAGAAUCCUGACCAUGCUGUCCUCCUUUCGGUCAUCGAUACUGGAUGUCAGAGUAAAGUAAAAAGUAUGCACGAGUAUAUUAAGGACCUUGGCCGAAUACCUAACUCGCAGAGGAAUCCCAUCAUGAUGUGUGGAGCCUCAGGAAGCGGGAAAAGUUCCAUCCUACAGAGUGUUGCUUCCUCCAUGUGUCGGGAGGAAGAAUCUCCUUUUAAGUUAGUUUUAUACUUGAAACUGUACAGUGAUCCAUGUGAGACAUUCAUUUGGGAAGGUAUGUUAAAAUGUAUUACAGAGCAGUACCCUAAGUUAGUAGAGAAGUAUGAUAUUGCAUUGAUAUUAGAUGCCCUUAGAAUGUAUGCAAAUGAAAUUUUGUUUCUAGUUGACUGGAAUAUAAAGCAUGCUGACUUCAUUCCACUUGCAAGCAUGGUGAAUGGGGCAUGGGUUGUUACAUAUCAAGGUGAGUGUGAGAGUUCAAGCGCCUUUCGGAUGCUUCAGUUGAAACCUCUUACUGAAGAUUUAGUACAAAACAUUUUGAAGAGUCUGAAUGAAAAUGAGGGAGAGGUGAAGUACAUGUUGAAAUUAUUUGAAGAAUGUAAGUACAAAGGCAUUUUAGAUACGCCUGAAAUGGUGAAGAUUUUCAAUGAAGUCAGAAAACCAGUUCCAUGUAAAGAAAUGUUAGAGUAUUUUAUUAAAAAGAAAAUUGGAUCCAUUGAAGCAGAUGAUGACCUAGAAUUAAUUGAGGAGCUUGCAUUUAAUAAGAUAAUGAAAAAUGAGGGGUUCUAUAAAAAGGAAGAAUUAACGUCUGUAAAACCUGAAAUACAGGACUCGUUUUUCUUAAAGGAUGCCAAAGGAUUAUCAUUUAGAUAUAGAGUUAUAGAGGACUUAUUUGCUUCCAGAUAUGUACGGAGAAAUGAAGAAAAAGCUGAAACAAUGUUUAAAGAAUACCCAUCUCAGAUUCCUAUGUUGAAAAGAAUAAUCAGAUUUACCUGUACUUUUUGGUGUCAAAAUAACAUGAUAGGGAGCAAGGUAUCUUUCAUAAAGCCAUAUCUUUACAAAGUUUUGAAUGUAGAGGCUAAAUUAGGGAAAAAGAAAUCAGCUAGAAAACAAAACGCCAAUGAUUCUGAAACAUGUAGGUACGAGAGUGCUUUCACAAAGUGGUCAUACCUUGUUAAUUUUGUCGAAGCCUGUGGUCACAGACAAGAAAUUUUAGAUCUUAUUGCUGAAAUCAUUGCUCAGAAAUAUGUUUGGCUAUUCAAAUGCAAAUUCUUAAAUGAAGAAAAAGUUCCUGUAAUAAAGCAAAUCCUAGAAAAUGUGAAAUAUAAGAGACGAGUAAUGGUCAGAUUGGAAAGUGGCAUGAAAUGUGAAGUUUUGAAUUCGUUGUUGAAUGUGCUGGGGAACCUGCCAUUAAAAAAUGAAAAAAUGUCAGUCCAGAUAAAUAUAGUUGGAAGUAAAUAUGUAACUCCUUCAAGUUUUGAGAAUUUAAGUAGAGAUAUAGUAAAGAUAAGAAACCCUCAUCUAGAACUAUGUAAGUACGUGGGACCUUUUGUAUACAAAGGAGAAGAAGACUUUUUGAAAUGUCUUUGUGUUAAAGAUAAUUUACAAAGUUUGGAUGUAACUGUAAGAGAUGUGGAAUCUUUUGCAGAAAUCAUAAAUUGUGAUGGACAAACCAAAUUAAAGGACUCCACAGUCAGAGUGAAUCUGAAAUCUGUCAAAGGAAACCCAAAGUCACCAAUAUUGUCUGAACAUAAACCUCCUAAUCUAAAAGUCCAGUAUCAGGAUGGUAUUUUGGAUCUGCUGUGUAAAUUUGGUUGUUCAAAAUAUUUAAAGUACCUGACCAUGGAUAGGGUUGUUAUCAGAAAAAAUUUCCACAUGGACCUGAAAGCAUUUACUAGUCUGGAAUGUUUAUUCAUCAAGUGUGAUCCGGAAUAUCACAUUAGGAGACAGAGAAACAGCACUGGCACUGAGCCAAUGGUGGUAGAUGGAGUCAAAGAUGACGCCAGUGCUCCAGUGCCAAUGGCAGUAGAUGAAGUCAAAGAUGACGCCAGUGCUCCAGUGCCAAUGGCAGUAGAUGAAGUCAAAGAUGUUGCCAGUGUUCCAGUGCCAAUGGCAGUAGAUGAAGUCAAAGAUGAUGCCAUUGCCCCAGUAGUGCCUCUGGAACAGUGGGGUUUCAAACUAGUAGUGGAGACUGAGCUUCCACAAGGCUUGGAGAGACUUAUGCUCCGUAACAUGAUUUUCUGUAAUGAUUCAAAUGUCUCUGUUCUGCUUGAGAAGUGGAAGAACUUACAAAGAUUAACGAUAUUAGACACUAUUGUAUCUGUUACAGGAGCAUAUAACAUUAUCAAGAUGAAAAAUCAGAGCCAAGAAUCUACUUCAUCUGGAAAUAGUAGUGACAAUAUUGUUCAGGAGGUUAAGAAAAAGUGUAACAUAUCCACUUCAGACACAUCUCGUGAGAAAGAGUGCCCCAAGUGUCCACGUUUAACUAAAGAUGAGCGGACUGCACGAGAGAAAAAGAAACCAACAGGCAGGGAAUUAAUAAUUACCUCCAUAAGAGGACUCUGCCGUAAAUGCUCAAAUUUCCCUUGUUCUUGCAAACUCAUAGAAGGGCAAGAUAUGAAAGAUACAUUUGACAGUAUUAUAAAUCUUAUUAAAGCUGCUUAUAACUGUGACUAUCUUUCCUUCAGCUAUACAAAUAAGAUCUUUACAGUGAGGAAGAACAUGCAUAAGGACUUGAGAGUCAAUAUUCCCUUGUCAUCAUUGAAUGAUGACACAGUGUGCAACUUGCAGGAGUAUCCUGGUUUGAAUGGUUUAUUUGAAGCUUUAAACAUAGCACAGUAUAUCCAACUUGAAAACACAAAACUAUCUCAUAACGGUGCCGAGGAAGUUGCUAAACUGCUGAUAAAAUUGAAAGAGUCACAUGGCGAGCCUUUCUCUCUUGUCAUUUUCUCUGCUGUACACCCAAAAUCAGCUGCAGAAGUUAGAAAUAGUAAGUUUAUCAAAUAUCUAAGAUCUGAAACCAAGCUGACAUAUUUUUACUUCCAGUGUUUGUGUAAAAAGAGGUGCCACACUGUAAAGAAAACCCACAACUGCAACAUACUUAUUAAUGAUGAAAUUAUCAAGAGGUAAUUCUCUCUCUCUCUCUCUCUCUCUCUCUCUCUCUCUCUCUCUCUCUCUCUCUCUCUCUCUCUCUCUCUCUCUCUCUCUCUCUCUCUCUCUCUCUCUCUCACAUAUGGGCAGCUACUAUUUGCAUCAUCAGUCACUGUUAUGUUUCCUAUGUUACUGUCCUUUUCUUGUGUAUGUAUGCAACCCAUUUUUAGCAUAAAUGUAAUGAUCUAUGUUUGAAUAGUUUUGGGAUAUUGCUUAUUUUGGAAGUUCACUCAUAUCCAUUGCUAGUCUCACCUGUCACAACAUUACCAUUUUCUAAAGCAAAGUUAUCUGCCCAUGACUAGUCUUUUUCUUCAUGCCCCAGUUGGUAAGUUGGUUGUAAAUUAUUAGAUAGUUCUCUUUCUCUCUUUCUCUUUCUCUCUCUUUCUCUCUUUCUCUUUCUCUUUCUCUCUCUCUCUCUCUGUCUCUCUCUCUC